CUUUACUCAAACUUGAUGACAAUUUACAUGUCAGAACUGCUAUGAGACUUUAUCAAAGCUUUUUGUCUUCACGUUAUUCACCAUUAUCCGAGUCCUACCAGUUAUACUCUAAAAUCAAUUCUAUCGAAUCGCAGAAUUAA